GUCCACUAACUAGAGAUUUGUCUUGGCAGAGAUGUCGACCUCUCGCUCUUGCAUGAGAUGUAAGAAGAAUACAGUUAUCCGUGAUGACAUCACAGGCACCUGCAUCUGUACGUCUUGUGGUAUCGAGCAAGAAUUUGAUAACUUCCAACACAGUUUUGGCGGCAUCAGCGGCCCUCAGGGAACCUUUGUUCGUGUCGGUGCCUCAGCCUCUGGUUAUGACUUCAGUUACAGAGAGAAGAAACUUUAUGAAGCUCAGAAAGUGAUCGAAGCCAUCUCAUUAAAUCUUGGCCUCCUUGCUGCCACAUCUGCCGAGGUCAAACAAAUGGUCGAGACAAUCACCGAAAGAGAGUUUGGUUGCGGCACUUGGUUCCCUAUCCUGGUUGGGGCUUGCUCUUAUAUUGUUAUGAGAAAGAACAAUCGAUCGCUCGCAAUUGCCGAAGUCGCCUCGGUGGUUGAAUGUGAUAUUCAUGAGCUUGGCCGCAUGGUUGCUCGUGUUGUUGAUUUCCUUGACUUGAAAUUGCCUGAAUUUGAUAUCGUGGCCCAUUUUGAACGGGCGAUUCGGAAUUGCCCUAGUUUUGCUGGGAUUUCCAAUGACAAGAUGGAUAAGAUGAUUAAGCAGGGUAGGUUUCUAUUGCAGUGUGCGGUGAAUUGGUUCCUGACGACAGGACGAAGGCCCCUUGCUGUAAUUGUCGCUGUUUUGGCCUUUGUAGCUGAACUGAAUCAAGUUCGAGCUAGGAUUGAAGAUAUAGCAAAGGAAUUACACGCAGCGGUGCCUACGAGCAAACAACGGCAUAAAGAGCUCUUACAGACACUUGUAAAAGUGGCACAAGCCUUGCCUUGGGGGAAGAACAUUACGGUGAAAAACAUUGUCCAAAAUGCACCUUUCGUGAUUCAAUACAUAGAGAUGAAGUCAAGGUCGAAGUGUGGCAUUAGGAAUGAGAAUGUAGGACUUGCUGGGUUCAAAGUUAAAGAGAUUGUCAACCAGUGCUUGCAGGAAGAUGAUUUAUAUUCUACUUAUGAUGGCAAAGCUGAAAAGGAUUCACAGUAUUUUGAUGUUAGGAACAGGAAUGGAAUCCCGAGUGUGUGUUCUGAUGAGAUGGAGAUGUUAAAGCUAUCACAGGAGUGCUUGGCUAUGAUUUAUUCAAAAUUCAAGAAUGAGUAUUAUUUUCAUGAGUCAACAGAUGAGAGUGGAGAGUCUCAUAGAAUAAAAAGGAGAAGAGGAAGUGGUGUUCCGGUGCAUGAGUGGUGGACUGGAGAAUCGGAUUUGUGUAAAAAGCUCUCACUGAAGCAAAUUUUGGAGAAGAAUGUGGGGUUUAAUACUUUGCCUCCAUCUUUUGUUGCAAGUAGAUUGUCAUGUAAAAGAAGGAAAGAGAAGAUAAUGGCUGCUAAACAACGAAUCAAUAAGGUUAUGCAACCUUGUAAUGUUGUUUUAGGUGGAAACGAAGAUUGUUGCCUCUCAGAAGACUUGCAAGCUGAGAAACAACAGCAGCAGGUAGUGAAAGAUCAUCUUAUUGAUUGGGAGGACUGUAUUAUUGAAUUACUACUACUUCAUAUGGUGAAAGAGGAUGAAAUUGAACAGGGUCAUUACAAUACCUUAUUGGAUUUGCACAUUUUUAAUUCAGGGUGUAACUGCUAGAUAUUGAUCCUCAAUGGUGUCUUUUGUCUGGAGAGAAUUUUUCUUUGUAUAUCCUUUAUAGCUUAUAGACCGAACACAUUGUUUAUCCCAUUCCUUCAAUUCUUUUAUAAUUCUUGUUAUGGAUAUUGCUACAGAUUAAUUAUACAUCCGUCCAUCAAGUGAUUUUUCUAUUGA